AUGCCGCCACGAUAUAAUAAAAAUAAUGUUAUCAAAAAAUAUACACAAAACGAUCUUUUUAAACAAAACGAUCUUUUUAAACAACUCGAACAUAAUGUAUCGGUAUCAUUUGAUAGUUCUUCAAAUAAAGUAUUAUAUUUAACAACGCAUCACAAUGGCACGAAAAUUUUUGAAGAGCAUGUCAAAAUUCCGAAAGCGAUAGAUAUAUUUACUAGUAUCCUAAAGAAAAAAGAACAGUUGGGCAAAAGUCCUAAUGCAUUUUUAAUAUUUCGCACUUCGAUCCAAACGUUAUUUAAAGGCAGUGGGCUGGAAAGAUGUCAUAUCUCUAGCAUUGCUAGCGCAGCGUGGAAAAAUUCACCUGAAGCUAUAAAAGUCUGCUUUAAAGAUCUAUUUAACGAAGUCAAACAUUUAAUUGCGGAUGCUAAAAAAGAUAUUGUCACCGUCUCAGCUAAUUUUUCCCGAAAAUAUGCCUCCACAGCCUCAGCCGAAUAUCCUUCCGCAGAGUACGAUCGAGAAAAAUUU